UCCAACUGUUGAGUCUGCUGAAUACAGCCAUUGAUUACCAUAAUAUUCCCUAGCCAACUUCCGCCACGCGGCGAUCGUACCGCAUAUUGUGGCAACUAGCCAUAAAAACGUUGUUUCUUAUUCUCGCCGCAUGAAGUCUCUAAAGUGAAUUCAGUAUUUGUACUUAUUACUUAAUUCCUAUAAACCCUUAAGAAGAAGAAAAAGUUAUUUAUUUUUAAGAUUAAAGACCAAUUUGUGAAACGUUUGCCAUAAAUAAUUAAUUCGCAAUGGUACGAAAAUUAAAAUAUCAUGAGCAAAAACUACUGAAGAAGGUGGAUUUUAUGUCAUGGUCAGCUGAUAAUAAUCUUCACGAGGUUAAAAUCUUGAGACGAUAUGGUAUUCAGAAGAGAGCUGAUUAUACUAUUUACAACAAAUUGGCAUGUGAAAUACGUGAGUUGGGUAGAAAAAUCAAAGAGAUAGAUCCUGACCAUCCUUAUCGUAUUGAGCAAAGUGCUUUAUUAUUGGAGAAAUUGUAUAUGCUAGGAUUAAUCUCCACUAAAUGGGACUUGUCUCUAACUCAGAAAGUAACUGCUAGCUCAUUUUGCAGACGAAGAUUGCCAGUAGUUAUGGUACGGAGCAAAAUGAGUCAAACGAUAAUGAUAGCAACUAAAUUAAUAGAGCAAGGUCAUGUCAGAGUUGGUGUAGAAGUAGUAAAGGAUCCUGCAUUUUUAGUCACAAGGAAUUUAGAAGACUUUGUGACAUGGGUAGAUACAUCUGCUAUUAGAAAACAUGUACUAGAAUACAAUAAUGAAAGGGAUGAUUUUGAUAUGGUAUAAAUUUAUAAGAAAUAUUGUUUAUUAAACUGUAUGUUAUA